AUGUUUGAUAUAAAGUGGAUUCGGGAACAUGCAGACGCCUUUGAUCAGGCCUUGGCAAAGCGGGGAUUUGAAGCUUCCGCGGCCAGGCUGAUAGCGCUGGACGAUUCCCGUCGCUCUCACAUCACCAAGCUUCAAGAAGCACAGGAACGGCGGAAUUCUGCCUCCAAGGAAAUCGGCAAGGCCAAGGGUUCGGGAGACGACGCCCGGGCACAGGAACUCAUUGACGAGGUAGCCCAGAUCAAGGCGUUCAUCCAGUCGGGUGAGGAAGAAGAGCGUCGGCUGAAUUCGAAUCUGGAAGCGGAAAUGGCCGUUAUUCCGAACCUGCCGCAUGACGACGUGCCGGAGGGGGAGGAUGAAAAUGACAAUGUGCUCCUGAGGGCCCAUGGCGAAAAGCCGCAAUUCACGUUCAAUGAACGGCCGAAAGAGCAUUUUGAACUUGGUGAAACUCUCGGUGACAUGGAUUUCACCACGGCUGCCAAACUGUCCGGAUCGCGCUUUGUCGUUCUGAAAGGGCAGGUCGCGCGGCUGGAGCGUGCACUCGGCCAGUUCAUGAUCGACCUGCACACGCAGGAGAACGGCUACACGGAAGUGUCGCCACCUCUUCUGGUGCACGACGCGCCACUUUAUGGCACAAGCCAGUUGCCUAAAUUUGAAGAGGAUCUCUUCAAAACGACGACGGGACAUUAUCUGAUCCCGACGGCCGAAGUUCCUUUGACCAAUCUUGUCGCUGGCCAGAUUGUCCCGGAGGAUACGCUACCGCUCCGUGUCACGGCACUGACUUACUGUUUCCGUUCCGAGGCAGGUUCUGCAGGCCGAGAUACACGUGGCAUGUUGCGUCAGCACCAGUUCCAGAAAUGUGAGCUUGUGUCGGUCACAGCACCCGAUCAAUCGCUCGAAGAACUCGACCGCAUGCUGGCCUGCGCCGAAAAGGUCCUGCAGAAGUUGGGAUUGCACUAUCGUGUGAUGACCCUUUGCACGGGCGACAUGGGGUUCGGGGCACGCAAGACCUAUGACAUUGAAGUCUGGUUGCCGGGUCAGGACGCCUACCGUGAGAUCUCGUCCUGUUCGGUCUGUGGCGAUUUCCAGGCCCGCCGAAUGAAUACGCGCUUCCGGCCGGCGGACAGCAAACAUCCGGUGCACGUGCACACGCUCAAUGGCUCGGGUAUCGCCGUCGGCCGUGCGCUGAUUGCGGUUCUGGAAAACUAUCAGAACGGCGAUGGCAGCAUUUCGGUGCCGGAAGUCCUGCGCCCCUAUUUGGGUGGCCUGGAAAAGAUCGGAUGA